GAUCUUGCAAUUAAAUAGCACCAAAGAAGCACACUUUCUCCAGAAAGAAACUUAAAAGGAUUCUUUCAAAUCUCUCAAUUUCCAACAGACAUGGCCAUGAAAGUUGAGGUUGUCUCCACAGAGACCAUCAAGCCUUCCUCUCCAACUCCAUCUCACCUCAGAAACUUCAAGCUCUGUCUCCUUGACCAACUGGCUCCCCCGCUUUGUGUUCCAAUCAUCCUGUUCUACUCGGCUCCCGACAACAAGGCGGUGCCGAACUCUGCCUCGGUCACAGGAAACUUGAAAACUUCGCUCUCGCAGGCGCUUUCCCUCUUCUACCCUCUAGGGGGAAGGGUGAAAGGCAACGCCGCCAUCGAUUGCAACGAUGAGGGGGCGCUCUAUUUGGAGGCGAAAGCUCACUUCGAGUUGUCCAAAGUCCUGUCAAACCCGGACAUCAAUCAGCUGCUGCAAUUCCUCCCGUUCUCUCCGCACAGAGUCGCUCCCAACAUUGAGGAACAAGUCAUUGUAGGGGUCCAAGUCAACUUCUUUGACUGUGGCGGCAUCGGGAUCGGCAUCUGCAUCUCUCACAAGAUCGCUGACGGCGCGUCAGUCUCUGCUUUCCUCACCACAUGGUCGGAAAUUGCCCUCAAUGGCACUGACCGCGAAGCCAUCCUCAUCACUCCCUUCUUGAAAGCAUCUGAGCUCUUCCAACCAAAGGACGUAAACUUCCAAAUGCCACGCGAGUUCAACAGCAGAGAGAAGCUUUCCACCAAGAUGUUUCGUUUCGACAGUGAGAGCUUGGCACGCCUCAGGGCCAGGUUUGGCAGUGCCACUCCUACUCGCGUCGAGGCAGUGACCGCCCUCAUUUGGAAAUCCGCCUUGGAGGUGGAGAGGAAGAGGCCAGAGUGGAACGAGAAGUACCCCCCAUCAUCAGCUGCGACACAUGUGGUGAACAUCAGAAGCAGGAUGAGGCCACAGCCACUGCCUGAAAAUGCCUUGGGCAAUCUGUGGCAGACCACUGUUGCACCACUGAUGGACGCAAACAAGGCAGUUGAAUUGCAGGACUUUGCAGGCAUUCUCAGGAAAUCAAUAAGGGCAAUUGAUGGCGAAUAUUUGAGCGUGCUUCAAGGCGAGAGGGGAUUGGCCAAGGCUUACGAGAGCCUCACGGCGGCACGGAAGUUGGCAGAGUCGUCUGCGGGAAAGAUCAAGCUCUACGGCUUCAGCAGCUGGGCAGGGUUUCCUUACUACGAGGUGGAUUUCGGCUUGGGAAAGCCCGCUUGGGUGUGCACCACCGGUUUUCCGAUUGGAAAUAUGGUGUUUUUUAUGGGAACGAGGUGCGGGCAUGGGAUCGAAGCUUGGAUCACAUUGCCCGAGCACGACAUGAUCGAGUUCGAGCGCAACGAUGAGUUGCUACAGUUCGUUUCGCCGAGCCCUUGAUCAUGAGAAGGGCGACUGAUGAAGAUAGUAAUCCCUUAUGGUUUGCUUGAUUCAAGGUUUCAUAUAUGUUCGUUUGCUUUGUUAGAUGUCAUAAACUGGUUAAAUGGUUUGUGUAUUAUUACUAAUGUGUGAUUCAAACUUCAAAUAAAAGUAUGUUCGAAGUUCCAUA